AUGUCGUCACCGCCCGCCAUCUCCUCGCCUCUCCAUGGUGGCGCCAGACAACGUUCACGCUUCACGUAUCGCCAGCUUGCCCAUCUCGCGUCGUACAGCACAUCCAAUCCCCUGCGCGUCAUAGCUCACAUUGACCUCGAUGCGUUCUACGCGCAGUGUGAGAUGGUACGGCUCGGCGUGCCCGAGGACAAACCUCUGGCGGUCCAACAAUGGCAAGGGCUUAUUGCAGUCAACUAUCCAGCUCGGGCGGCUGGAAUUGGGCGCCACUGUAACGUCACAGAGGCCAAAAAGCUAUGUCCCGAGUUGAUAGCCCAACAUGUGGCCACAUGGCGCGAGGGAGACGACAAGUGGGCCUAUCGCGAGGAUGCCGCCGCCAACAUUACAUCGGACAAGGUCUCACUCGACCCGUAUCGGCUGCAGUCGAGGAGGAUCCUAGCUCUGGUCAAGGAAGUCCUGCCUCACGACCUCCAAAAAGUGGAAAAGGCUAGCAUCGACGAGGUCUUCCUAGACCUGUCGGCCCAUGUACACUCGGUUCUGCUUGAGCGCUUCCCGGAACUCUCCAACCCGCCACCUUACGAUGACCCCACCGAGGCGCUGCCGCUUCCGCCCGUCUCCGCCCUCGACUGGCAGGCAGACGCUCUCGUAGACCUGGACGAGGAGGAGGAGACGCAAGACCCGGAUUGGGACGAUGUGGCUAUCCUCAUCGGGUCCGAGGUUGUGCGCAGCGUGCGUGCGGAGAUACGCAAGAAACUGGGCUACACAUGCUCGGCCGGAAUUGCCAGUAACAAGCUCCUAAGCAAAUUGGGUUCCGGUUUCAAGAAGCCCAAUUGCCAAACCGUUGUGCGAAAUCGCGCCGUUGCCGCGUUUCUGGCAGACUUCAAGCUGACCAAGAUUCGGAAUUUGGGCGGCAAACUUGGCGACCAGGUGGUGUCAACGUUUCACACCGAGAGUGUCCGGGACUUGCUCAAGGUGCCGCUGGAUCAAAUGAAGGCGAAGAUGGGCGAUGACACAGGUCGUUGGCUAUACGAUACUGUUCGCGGCGUGGACACUAGUGAGGUCAACUCGCGUACCCAGAUCAAGUCUAUGCUCUCAGCCAAGUCUUUUCGACCAAGCAUCCAUAACGCGGAACAGGCCCUCAAGUGGCUGAGGAUCUUUGUUGCAGACAUCUACGCCCGGCUGGUUGAAGAGGGCGUUUUGGACAACAAGCGACGGCCACGCACGAUCAAUCUGCACCACCGCACUUCUGGCCAAACCCGCAGUCGCCAGGGACCAAUACCGCAAGGGAAGACACUCAGUGAGGAUGUCUUGUUCCAGCUGGCCAAGGACCUCCUUUACCAAAUCAUUUCCGAUGGAAAAGUCUGGCCUUGCGCAAACUUGAGCCUCAGUGUCGGGGGCUUCGAGGAAGGAAUCAAGGGCAACAUGGCCAUCGGCGCUUUUCUCGUGAAAGCAACCGGCACUGAACCAACACCCCUCAUGUUGACGGACGCCCACGAAGUAGAAGCAAACCGCGAUCUCAGUCUGAGCUUCGUUUAG